AAGAGAACGAAAAGGAGGAUGACGCAGAUAAACAUGGAUUGACGUAAACACAAAUGAUUGUUGCGUACGACGAGCGGAAUGAGAAGGGAACCAUCUGUUUGUCCCGUUUGGUUCGUUAACGUUACCGGUUCGCACCAGCGGCUGAGGAAAGAAGCGUCGGGAAAUCGGCGAAAUUCAGUGGCGAUACGAGCUUAACACGGGGAGGGGCGCGAUGCGAGACAAUGACAGGGGAUGCUAACUGCUAGCAAGAAGAAUACUGAACGAAUCGUAAGAACUGAUACGACUGCGCGCAAAAGAUAAGAGUGGCUCGGAGGUGCGCAGGUGAUUUUGAAUUGUAUUAUUACACGCGACAAUGGAGAGGGAGGACGAUGGGGCAGUAUUUCCUCCGAGGCAGCCAAAGUCAAUGCGAGAUAAGUACGACGAGAGCACAAUUCUGUCAUCCAAGAUGUCGAUUUUUGAGAAACACUUUGCGAUCUCGGAUGCGCAGACGUACGCGUUGCCCGAGCCAGAGUCUAUGUUCGUGGAAGCGCCGUGGCAGUUGGAGCGACUGCAGAGGAUAAAGGAGAAGCUGAACGACGUGAAGAGUCGCCUGAAUGACUUCAGUAUCGGCAAGUGGCAGCAGCACACGUGCCGGAUGAACGCCUCGAGCGACAUCGUGUACGAGGUGAAGUGUAAAGUGCAGGCGGAACUGGUGACCCAGGCGUGGUGCAAGUUCUACGAGAUCGCUUGCAACUUCUCCCUGGUGCCGUUGAACGAGAUCCGCCGCGAGCUCGGCGACAAGGGCUUCAGCUCCGUGCACCUCUGCGAGGCGCCGGGCGCGUUCGUGGCCGCCCUGAACCACUGGUUGAAGACGAACGCGCCUGACGUGCGGUGGAACUGGCUGGCCACCACUCUGAAUCCCUAUUGCGAAGGAAACUCGUACGACAGAAUGGUCGCGGACGACAGGUUCAUCAGGCAUACUCUCAAGCAUUGGUGCUUCGGCGACGACAACACGGGCGAUAUCAUGAGUGUGAGGAACUUGGACGCUCUGGUGGAGAGAUCAAAGUCCCUCGAUGGCGGGGGACCGGUUCUGCUGGUAACCGCGGACGGCAGUGUAGACUGCACGGGCAUGCCCGGCGAGCAGGAGAGCACCGUGGCGCAGUUGCAUCUGUGCGAGGCAGUGGCCUGCAUGCGCCUCCUGCAGAAGGGCGGUAACUUCCUGCUCAAGCUCUUCACCCUGUUCGAGCACCAGUCCGUGUGCCUCAUGUAUCUGCUGUCCUGCGCCUUCCGGCAGGUCAGCGUGACGAAACCGGUGAGCAGUAAAGGCGGCAACUCGGAGAUGUACGUCGUCUGCAUGGAUUUCAAGGGCAGAGAUUACCUGGCGGCCUACCUGCCCGUGCUCGAGCGUUAUUAUGACAACGUGCCGCCCGCGAACGCGAUGUUCCGCCUGCGGGAUAUUCCGGACGAUUUUUUACAGAGGAUCGAGCAGUGCAGCCAAUUCUUCAAGUUCCAUCAGUGCAGAGUCAUAACGGAUAACAUAAGAACGUUUUUCAGGAAGUCUCCUUUGGAUUUUCUCUCCAUGAUGUUCAAGCACAUGAUCACUGCCAAAUAUCUCAAGGACUGCAGAUUAGAUAAAAUAGAUCCCGCGGACAAUAUUGUCGGCCGAGAGCUAAUCGAGAAGAGCAACAAUCAUUUUAUAAAUAAAAAGUUGCACGACGACGACUCCUACAAUGAUCGCUGCAAGAACCAAGACUUAGAGCCGCGAGAGCGCUUGUUGCUGAUAUGGUGCAACGUGAGAGAGAUCGAAUGGCCGACGGAAAAAUCUUACGUUUGGCACCUGCAAGCAUCACCGGAAGAUGUAGAGAUACAAACGGGAAAGAUGUUUGACAAAGUACGCAGUUCGCGCUUUUGCGACUCGAGAGUUCUGCAAAUACUAAUCAAUAUCGAUAACGUGAUGCAAGCUAUGCACACCACCGUCUGCUUUCCACCAGCAGAAGUUACGAGUGAGCAGAUCGAUCCGAGUCACGAGAUAAUAAAUUUCCAAUUCGUUCAGAAUUAUGACAGUCAUCGGACAAUUGCCGAAAUUUACGACCGACUAGAGAAGCUCCAAUCCGAGCAAACACUCAUUUUCGUCGGUUACUCUCUGCUAACGCAGUUAAAUAUCGGUCUCCUAUACCUCUUGGGAAAUUUCUUUAAGAAGAUUAUCGUGGAGGUUCAUGAUAAAGAAGGCUAUCGUCUUAAAUUGGAGAGUUAUCGGCGCAACGAGAAAGUAUUGAAUCAUUUUCGUGAAAUUCUGACCGCAUCGUGUAACGCACGCCAAAAAAAUAUGGCAGUUUGGUCGAUAAUACCUGUGACAGUCUUAUAUGAAUACGACCAGUUCCCUGUGAUGAUGCUACUUAAUCACCUGAUGAUCAAACUGUACGCUCGUCAUGCUAUCGAUACGAUAGGACAGUAAGAAGCUGUAGCAAAUCUGUGGGAAUUAUAUAGUUGAUAAACGUUUGUGCAUAAAAUUAUAAAUAACUGUAGUUAUGUAUAUGCAUAUAUAAUUACAACUAGUUUGUGAAUGAUAAAUAUGAAUCUAUAAAUAUUUUCUUACAAUA